UUGUAUGUUUUUAUUCCGGUAAUGAGUUUAAAAUUGGGGUAAAUUUAUUUAAUUUUAUUAAAUUAUUAAAGUGAAGCACCAUGACUCCUAAAGACCAAGAUGGUAAAGUUAACCAAGUGAGAAAUAAAAAGCUCCUUCCUGAUUUGAGGAAGGAGGGCGUGCUCACCAAAGAAAUAAUCCUUGCUACAAAAGAAAAGCACCAAGGUUCGACCGGAGCUCGGCUGUUCUCUCACCACACACUCGCUAGUGUAAGGAAAAUGUACUACUUCCACCCGUUUCACAUUCCAGACGACAGCCUAGACAUAGUGCUAGCGGCCACAUACAACCACUCGACGGAGCGAUUCGCAGACAAGGAGGACUUGUACCUUCAGCCAGAGACCAUCGGCUGCGACACCUGGCGCAGACUCAGGAACACGUGCGACAAGCGCACUGAAGUUGUUCAUGAUCACCCGCUGAAACGCGGCGGGCUGACGGAGCGCCGGUCGCCGUUCAGCGUGAAGCUCAUGAACUCGGGCGUGCACUCCUCGCAAACCAACCCCGGCUACAGCCGGAAGCCUGCCGGCGGCGCCAUUUUCUUCUACUAAUUCUAAUAUACAGCUUGGCAAAUUCUUUUUCCCCUCACUUGCUCGGAAACACGUGUUUUGUCCUUUAAUACCAGCGGGUAAAAACGCAUUUUAUCCACUAGUGGGUAAAGUAAUUUGACCUUGAAUAAAGUAAAAUUAACUGC